AUUAUUGUUUGAAGAAUUGCUUUUAUUAGAGUGGGUAGGUGAGACGGACAAGACGAAACGACUUGGUGCAGCUCGAUCUCGCAUCCGAAGCGACGACGAACGAUGGCGGCGGGAGCGAUUCCGGCCACGAAGCUCGCAUACUUCGACAACAUGUGGGCCGUCCAAUCCACCGCCACCCUCCUCUCCCACCUCCAGACCGAGGAAGGCCGCCGAGCGCUGAUCUUGGACUCCACCAUAUUCCAUCCCCAGGGCGGGGGCCAGCCGGCUGACACCGGGUUCAUCUCAGGCGCCGCCUCCGGCUUCAAGUUCGUCGUGGAGGACGCGAGACUGAAGGAUGGCUUGGUUUAUCAUUAUGGUUCUUUUGAGAACCCUCAAGAUGAUUGUGUAUCCAUAGCAAAAGAGGGAGAAGAAGUUAACUUGUAUAUCAACCCCCAAAGACGUGAUCUUAAUUCAAGACUUCAUUCAGCAGGGCAUUUGCUUGAUAUAUGCAUCCGGAAAGUGGGCUUAUCUCAUUUAGAACCUGGAAAAGGUUACCAUUUCUCGGAUGGGCCAUUUGUUGAAUAUAAAGGCAUUUUCCCACCAGAUCUGCUGCAAAUUAAAUCAAAGGAGUUGGAGAAAGAAGCAAAUGCUUUGAUUUUAACUGGAGGAAAGGUUUCAGCUUCCGUUUUAUCUUAUAAUGAAGCUGCUGAGUGGUGCGGGGGUGUUCUUCCCAGUUACAUUCCAAUGGAUAGUGCUCCACGGAUUGUGAAGUUGGGUGACCAUCCUGGCUGUCCUUGUGGUGGGACACAUGUCGCUGAUAUUGCCGAUAUAAGGAACUUGACGAUGGGGACAAAAUUGGUGCGGUCCAAAUAAGACCUUGCCAGAAAUUGUGACUUGGAUGUGUGGUAUCGGAAAGAAGAUGCUAAGCCACAAAUAAUGGAUUCCUAGAGAUUCCAGCGUGGUUUGUGAUGGCGGAUGACCAUGCCGCCCGCCCGCCCACAACAAUGCUCGUGGCCUAGGUUGGUGUGCGUGGAUCAACAGACAUCAGAGAAGUCAGCAUGUUUGAUCGAGAUGGGAAAUCAAAGGGAGCCAUGCGACUCCAUGGCUGCCUCUCUACUGCCAUUCGACCACAAUAUUAACUGCCUAAGAAAAAUUGUUCCGGUUUGACUUAUUCAAAUUCCAUCGCUAAAGCAAAAUCAAGCACAUGCCACAAUUCAAUAUGUUUGUUAAGCUUUAAUUUCCUUUUUCGUUGUGAAAUGCAUACAUAGGGUGCAAAAUUAAAUGAAGAUCGCAUUCAGAUUGGAGUUCGGAGGACACGGUUGCCGAACAUUCUUUUAGGAGCAGAACAAAUGCCUUUACUCGUGAUGUGAAUCUUUCACCAUUAAAGAAAGGUUGAAGGCAUCGAUUCCGAUCAUUUUGUGGACUGG